GCCCUGGCCCAUGGAAGCCCAUAACACAAGUAGGAGCUGCUUUGCCCAUCGGAGCCGACAGCGCGACGAGCGAGCGCACGGGGCACGGCGAGCGCCGCCUGCGACCCUCUCGCCGGCGAUGGACGAGGUGGGAGUGGAGGUGCCUCUCCCGAGAGACAAGCUAUCCAUUGAACUGAGAAGGGACGGAGGAACCCGAGGCGGCGUCGUCCUCGUGGCCACCGGGAGCUUCAAUCCUCCCACAUACAUGCACCUGCGCAUGUUUGAACUGGCAAAGGAUGAACUUCAGCAGCGAGGGUAUUAUGUGUUGGGUGGCUACAUGUCUCCGGUGAAUGAUGCUUAUAAGAAGAAGGACCUCUUACCGGCUGCUCACCGGGUUCGUUUUUGUGAACUUGCGUGCGAAAGCUCAUCUUUCGUGAUGGUUGAUCCAUGGGAGGCCAUGCAGAAAGGUUAUCAGCGCACUUUGACUGUCCUCUCGAGAAUUCGGAACUCUUUGUGCAGGGAUGGUUUAGCUGAUCAAGGUAUAUAUAGCAGCCUGAAGGUAAUGCUUUUAUGUGGUUCUGACUUGCUUGAGUCAUUCAGCACUCCAGGAGUUUGGAUCCCAGAUCAGGUCAGAACUAUAUGCAGGGACUUUGGUGUCAUAUGUAUACGCAGGGAAGGAAAAGAUGUUGGCAAUUUGAUAGCCGGCAGUGAUAUACUGCAAGAAUGCAGGGAUAACAUCAUUUCAGUCGAUGAGAUUGUGCCAAAUCAAAUCAGUUCAUCCAGAGUAAGAGACUGCAUAAAGAGAUGCCUGUCGAUAAAGUAUCUUACUUGCGAUGAAGUAAUUGAAUACAUUACAGAACACAAGCUGUUUACGGAAGCUGAAGGCAGUGAUACACCCUUGUGAUGAUAAUGGUGUUUGGAGAACAUGUGGUUUUGAUGCAGGUUUUUACUAUCAUGCGGUUAAAUGACUUCUUCGUAAUCAACAUGUAUGGGCUGUGGACGGCUAUCUCCAGAUAACAUCUGGAUCGGGCAUGUUGAGCAAUUGUGGAAAUUUCAUUUGAAAGAGAAAAUAAAAGGGUUACAGAAAAACACCAUGAAAUAAAAGGAGCAGUUUGUAUCUUUGUUAGUUUGGCUUAAAUAGAAAAUAUUCAGAAGCAAGUGCUACAUAUUGUGAACUAGGAUUAUGGAAAUGCUGUCCUGUACUGGUUGAUAAAUCAAAUAUGGGUGUGUUCGUUU